UUCCUAGGAAUGAUGACAAGGAUCCUGCGGAAGAGACCUCACGUCCCUGGAAGUACGUGUUAGAGGAAAAGUUGAAGCAGCUGAGACGGGACGUGGCUGGACGUUAGUAACCCCGACGGCAGCGGACUCUGUACUGGAGUAGCGGGAGGGAGAGAGACGGAGGGAGGGAGACAGGGAGGGGAAAAGGGAGAGAAAGUGUAGCGACGGAGGGGUGAGAUAGACCGUCUGAGACAGAGGGAGAAAAGUAUACAGAUUUAAAUGUUAUAGAGAAAGGAAAGGGAGAGGUGUAAAGAGGAGGAGAGACGGGGAAAGAAAGUAAAACAAAUGUGAGAGAGGGAAGGGGAUAGGAAGAUACAGAGUGAGAGAGAGAGAGGGUGUGGAAGGUAGGGGAGGAAGGGAGGGGGAAGAGAAAGAAAGUGAGGGUGUGAGGGAGAAAUUGUGCGAUAGAGGAGUGUGACAGGGAGAGAAAGGCAGAGAAAGAGGGGUGAGAGAAACAGAAGGAAAGGAAGGAAGAGAGAGAGAGAGAGAGCGUGGGAGUGCAGCGCACUGCCGGCUGUUGCUGUGUUUUUGGACGGUCGGUGGCCACAGGCGACGAGAGCGGGUGCCCCGGGAGCGGGCAGGAUCCUGCGCCCAUGUUGAGUCGAGCAUGGCCUCGGCAGUGUUUGAGGGGACCUCGCUGGUGAACAUGUUCGUGAGGGAUUGCUGGGUGAACGGGGUGCGGAAGAUCAUCGUCAACCGGCGGGAGGAAGAGUUUUUCGAGAUCAGGACCGAGUGGUCGGACAGGAACGUGCUGUACUUGCACCGGAGUUACCCUCAACUGGUGCGCGUCUUCCGCAGGCUGACGAGCGCCUUCCCCGAGGACCAGGGCGCCCUGUCCCGCUCUCUGCUCCAAGGAUUAGUUGCCGUGAAAGAAGCUGCUGACAUAGAAACAAGGUUGAAUGAAAUCGAGAAGGUCCUGAAGAUUAUAAUUAACUUGCCCUGCAAAUAUUCCAGGUCAGAGGUUGUCCUCACCUUCUUUGAGAGAUCAUCCAUAGACCAAGUAUUAAAAAAUGAUAAUGUCCAAAAGGUUCAGAUGACCUUCCAAAGUCCAGUGAAAGUAUCAGAAUUGGUGUGUGGGGUACAGAAUAAAACCCCCCCUUUCCCUGGGUUGUUCGGACACCAGAAAAGGAAACCUGGAGGAGUGUCACAUGAAAAGCCUUCCCGUGCACCAUUCCGAUUUGAGGAUACACGCGAGUGAACUUGUGAAUCUGUUCAAAGGCCGUUUAUAUAAUCAGGGCUGUAGCAGAUCAUCGUAAAUGUGGUUAACAGAUGGAGUAUAGCUUUAUUUUUGACAUUUUAGGUACUUGUGCUCAAGACGUGGGACUGAUUUGCGUGCAAAGUGAUAGGUCUUGGUGCUCAUUCGUGACAUAGAGGACAGAAAGGAAGGAAGCUUGCUGAUCCUUGUGUCUUUUCUGCAAAGGCACCCGGAUGGGGAGGGAGACUGGCCAGCGGUAGUGGGAAUUUAUUACUAGCUCUUGGCUGCCACCUGCUGGACUGAAAGCAAGAGUGUCCAACACAGUAUUGCUUCGGAGGAAAAAAAAGUCAUACAUAGAGCCUGAAACUGGUGGGACCUCCGACUGUGUUGCCCAACCAGCUGGUCCGUCUGCCCGUGUUCGGCUCAUUGCCCUCUAAACCUUGGCUGUCCAUGUACUUAUCUAAGAGGUUUUUAAAUGUUGCUAAUGUGCCUACCUUACUUUUUAUUUCUGACAGCUCAGUCCAAAAACCCACUACCCUUUGCAUGAAGAAACUGCCACCAAUGUCUCUUUUAAAUCAUCUAUCUCCGAUCUUAAAACUAUAUCCCCUUGUGUUUAGCAUCCCUCCCUGGAGAAUGUAAAACUGCUUUCACCUUGUCUAUUCCCCUUAUGAUCUUAUUAUUCCUCUACCAUGUAGCCAAGGGGUGGAAAGAUCCAACAAAUGCUCAUCAUUUCUAUUGACACUGACCCAAUGGUGCAAAGCAAGCUGUGGCUUCUGGGAGGGAGGAGAUUAAAGUUAGUUUAUUGUUGUCAUAGGCAAACACACACACAGGGUAAAUGCCAAUGAAAAAAUAUUUUUGCAGCAGCAGCAGAACAGUACAUUACAAAAUUAGGACAAGUGCAUAAAUUAACAUAAGUUAACAUAAAUUAUGCAUUACUUGCUCAUGUACAAAGUAAGCGAUAAAAUAAAUCUAGCGACACUAGUGCAAGAUUGUGAGAGAACAAACAUAUUUAAAAGGGGUCUGAGAGGUAAAUUCUUAACACAGGGACUGUUGAUAUCUGGAACUUCCUGCCAGAGGAGGUGGUAGAAUCAAUCACUAUAUUUAAAAGAUAUUUACACAAGUAAUAAAGAGGCAAGCAGGAGAAAGUAAAUGGGCUGGUUGGGUGAUGUUACAACAACAGCCUUACACUCCAUGUCAAUGCAAUUAAGGAAUUGACAGUAGGCGUCAGGAAGGGGAAGGCGGGACAGUGAUCUUCAUUGAGGGUUCAGGGAUAGAAAGGGCGAGCAGCUUCCAAUUCCUCAACAUCAACAUCUCCAGAUCUAUCCUGGGCCCAGCAUAUUGAUGCAAUCAUGAAGAAGGCAUGGGGAGUUUGAAGAGAAUUGGUAUGUCACCAAAGAUUCUGGCAAAUUGCUGCAGAUGUACUAUGGAGAGUAUUCUGACUGGUUGAAUCAUUGCCUGGUCUGGACACUCCAAUGCAAAGGAUUGCAAAAGGCUGCAGAGGAUGUUUGACUCAGCUAACUGCACCAGGGCCAUAAGCUUCUCCACCAUCAAGGACAUCUUCAACUCCACCAUGGUCAUAAGCCUCUCCACCAUCGAGGACAUCUUCAAAAGGCUGUACCUCACCUCCCAGGACAUGUCAUCUCCUCAUUACUACCAGUAGGGAUGAGGUACAGGAGCCUGAAGACCCACAACUAUAGCAUCUUCCCUCCGCUAUCAGAUUUCUGAAUGGUCCAUGAACUUGUGAGCACUAUCCUGUUAUUCCUUUCUCUUUGCACUAUUUAUUUUAGUCGCUUAUAGUAGUUUUUGCACCUUGCAUUGUAUUGCUGCUGAAAAACAACAAAUUGCAUGUCCUGUAAGAGUGUUAAUAAGCCAGACUGAGAUUCUGAGGAGGCACCUUUGUGUGUAAUGUCAAUGAGUAAAUCAGAGAGUUCAAUUCCUAAUCUAACGAUUGGGAGAACAGAAACUCCAGGCUGAAACUGCUGGGCAGUGAUGAGGGUCUUUUAGAUGAGACCCUAGGCUGAGGCUCCUUCUUCUGUCAGGUGGAUGUUUAUCUGUUUGUUUAUUUAUUAUUGUCAUUUCUAAGUUUUGCACUGUAUUGCCAGCACAAAACAACAGACUUCAUGACAUGUGUCAGUGAUAAAUUAAGCAGGACUCUGAUUCUGAUUUUAAGGAGGAAAGGCAUUGAGGAUAUGAUCCUACUAUGGGCAAGUGGGAUCAGUGCAGAUGGCCUGGAGGGUAAGCAUGAAUAUGGUGGGCUGAAGAGGCUGCUUCUGUGCUGUCUGGCUGUAUGACAUCACUUCUACUUGUUUUCCCUUUUGCUUUAUACCUGUGACCUUGACCUUUCCAUUAACCUGAACACUUCUCACAGUUCACUCUACCCUGAUCCCUCAUUCAUCUUACACACCUUUAUCAAAUUGCUCCUCAGUCUUCCCUUGAGAAAACAGCAGCAAUUUCUAUAAUCUCUCCUUGUAAAGGUAGUCCUCCAUUCCAGGAACCAUUCUUGGAAACGUCCUCUGAAUCCGUGCUAAUACUUUCACGUUUACUGUAAUGGGGUGAGCAGAGUUUAAUACAGUACUCCAUAUGAAACCAGAUCCAUGUUCAAUGGAGGCUCAGCAAGAGCUCACUGUUUUUGUUCUCUGUGCCUCUGUAGAUUAAGUCCAGAACUGUCUAUAUAUCAUUAGCCACGUUUUUAAAAUUACCUCGAUGGUUUCAACGUAAUGUGCACACACAUUCCCAUCUCCUUUGUUCCUGCACUUUCUACAAUAUCCAAAGUUCAAAAUAAAUUUAUUAUCAAAGUAGACCUUGAGAUUCAUUU